UAUUUGUUUUUGUUAUAUUUAAACAGUGAAUAAUGACAACGCUCAUCGAUCAGGGAGAUGAUAUGGGCCUGGUCACACCAAUCGACCUGACGGACCCCCAAAAGGAAGAUGACACGCAAUGCCUCGACCCCUUCAGACAGAGUCUAAUGCUACAGCUUAUAGACGAUCUGUCUUAUGAAGAUGUUAAGAAAUGCUACAGAGGUUCAACCGUCAGCAAAUACAACUCCCAGUAUCAUAAACUCUUCUCAGCUGUUCCUAAAGAAGAGAUCCUCAUGAAGGUAUACUCCUGUGCUCUUCUACGGGAUAUUUUACUUCAGGGGAGACUUUACAUCUCUCGAAACUGGCUGUGUUUUUAUGCCAACCUGUUCGGUAAAGACAUCAAGGUGGCGAUACCGGUGGUCUCUGUGCGAUUAGUAAAGAAACACAAGACAGCCGGACUGGUACCUAACGGACUCGCCAUCACUACUGACACCAGUCAGAAGUAUGUGUUUGUAUCUCUGCUGUCACGGGACAGUGUGUAUGAUGUGCUCAGAAGAAUCUGCACACACUUACAGGUGAAUGGAAAAAAGAGUUUAAGUUUAAAACAGUUUCUGGAGGAGCCUGGUUCUUUGUCAACGGAUGAGUUUCCACUGACUACUGAAUUCACACCAGUGUUAAAAUGGCGCAGAAAACCAUCAGUACCAUCAGUGUCAGCGUCUCUGCCCGACCUGUUGGGGAACUCCACCAGCAGUCUGAGUGUAGACGCAGCUUACAGCACUGAGACUCCACUGGAGGAGAGACGUCUGGAGGCUGAGAAGAUUCUGCUGUCAGAACCGGUUCAGGAUUUGAGUCAUAUGGAGUAUCAUCUACUCAAGUUCUUCAUACUGCUCAUCAUUCUGUUGAUCUUCUCUUCAUGUUAUCUGGCAUUUCGUGUGUGUAGUCUGGAACAACAACUUUCAUUUCUCAACACACAACCUUCAAUGUCUAUGAAAGAGAGGUAACCCCUGUUUAAACCUGUGCCAGCAGUGCAGAUAUGAAAGGCGUCGCAGAAGAGAAGCGCAGUAGUGAAGUAGUAUUUAACUCUUCAAUCAUCAGAAGAUGACAGCGUUGUGUCAGACAUCUGAACUUCUGACUGACCGCCUGCACAGAGAAACCAGCAGGAAUAUAUGAGCCAUUUACCUAAAACUUCUGCCUUCAGGAUAAACAGGAAUAAAGCGCUCACGGUCGGACAGAUUAUGGUUGUGACUGUUCAAGCUUCUGAAACCUUCUGGUGUUAUCAAAACUCCAACAUCAAGAGACUGUAGAUGUCUGGAUAUUUAACCUUUAUUAUAACACACUUUUGUGUUUGUUGAUAGAAAUAUCAGUGUUUACUACACUGCAAUCAAUGUCUUCAUCUGGAUCUUUGUCUUGUUUUCCUGUACAAAUAUCUUUAAACUUCCUUAAAGGUGCAGUGUGUACAUUUUAGGAGGAUCUCUUGACAGAAAUGCAAUAUAAUAAACAUAACUAUAUUAUCAGUGGUGUAUAAAGACCUUACAUAAUCCAUAGAACGAGAUGUUUUUAUCUCCAUACACAGCGGGUCAUCUUACAUCGGAGUCGCCAUUUUGCACCGCUGUGUUUACAAACUGAUCUGUAGUGCACGUUUGGUCACUAUGUUGUCUCGGACGAUGACGUGUUUGUCCUGUGGUGGCUACCGUAGCUUCUCUAUGCGUUUCGAUAGAGAGGGAUGAGCGGUGGAAUGAGGAGUUGGUUGCAAUACACAAUCUCACCAGAAGAUGUCGCUAAAAUCUACACACAGCACCUUUAAAACAAGACAAAUUUACUAGAGAAUUAAAAUUAUGCAAGACAUAACAUAAGAGAAUUUAUCUUGAAUAGCAUUUAUGAGAUUUUGUCUAAAGGUUUCCACAAUUUUACGAGUAAAUUUAUUUUAUAUUUUUACAGAUUCUGCAUGUCUGAGUUUUUACAGCUGUCCAAUGUACAUUUCACAGUAAAUAAUUUCAGGCUAAAGUAAUAAUCUUACAUAUGAAUAUAUUUUAGUGAAGGGUGAAAGUAAAGUAAAUAUUUGGAGAAACAUCUGAACAUUGCUUGAGUGACUUAACAGGACAUCUGACUGAAAAACCUUGAAAUGUUACAGAGAUGAGAUGUUACAGUUUUCAGAAAUGGAUUGCUUGUGAUCGUAAACAUUAACUGUUGAUUAUGUGAUGUAUUAAAAUGCAGUGUAGCUGGCGUCUGUAGGUUGUACUUGAAAUAUUUGCUUGCAUUUCAGGCAUAGAAAUCAAUAUGUAAUAGAAUGAUUGGUUAAGUUGUGAUGUAUGUAAGAGAUAAGUAUGUAGUGUUGAUAUAUUUGUACAGAUUGAAUGUAAAGGUGAAAAUAUUGUUCGACACAUGAAUCUGACCAAACUGUAGAAAAUAAAGAUGUUUUAUAGACAGAGAAAACUAAUAAACACAUUCACCGGUU